UGCUUCCACAGUCAUGUUGAGAGCCGGGGAACCGGGCUCUUUGGCCGCGCUGGCCUCCACCCUUCUUUUGGGAUGCGGGGUUGCGUUCUCCAUCGGACAGAACGACACAGAACCUGUAGUUUUGGAAGGAAAAUGUUUAGUUGUGUGUGACUCGAACCCUUCCGCCGAAGGAGGAGUGACCUCGUCGUUUGGGAUUUCUGUCCGAGCUGCUGGGGCAAAAGUGGCUUUUUCAGCCGUCAGAGGAACUAAUCAUGAACCAUCAGAGAUGAGUAACAAAUCAAUGACAAUAUACUUUGAUCAGGUUCUAGUGAACAUUGGAAAUCAUUUCGAUCUUAAGGCGAGUGUAUUUCAAGCUCCGCGGAGAGGCAUUUACAGCUUCAGUUUUCACGUUGUGAAGGUCUACAACCGACAGACAAUUCAAGUCAAUCUGAUGCACAAUGAAUACCCAAUAAUAUCUGCUUUUGCCGGUGAUCAAGAUGUCACUCGCGAGGCAGCGAGUAAUGGAGUUCUGCUGCACCUGGAGCGCGAGGAUAGACUCUAUCUCAAACUGGAGAGAGGGAAUCUCAUGGGCGGGUGGAAGUACUCCACAUUCUCUGGCUUCCUUGUUUUCCCUCUCUAAUUUCAUAUCAUUUAAAUGCAGGGUUGGGAGAGUUACUUUUAAAAUGUAUUCCACUACAGAUUGCAGAAUAGGCUACAUGCUUUAAAUGUAAUUUGUAAUGAAGGCUAUUCCAUUAGAUUACUCAAGGUCAUUAACGUAUUCUAAAUACUUUAGACUACUUCAGCACUGAUAGAUUUUUUUCACUUGUUUUGACUAUAUAAACUCUGCCAGUACUGUAAGCCAAAAUAGCUACACAUGUUAAAAAUACAUUCUCUGAAAAACCUAAAUAACUUUAAGGAGUUGUAGAUAUUUUUACAGAAAAAUACAAAUAAAUCUCAUCAAGAAUAAUAUAUACAUUAAUAUCAAAGGUCUUACUAGAGAAAAAAAUAUAUGAUCUAACGUGGAUUUUCUCGAUAAAUAAUUGCACCUUGUAACAGGUGCAUGUCAAAUGGCUAUAAAUAGCAUUUUAACUUAGCAUAAAGCUAAGUUCACAUGACAAUUUACUCAAGGUUUAUUUCUAUUUCUAUUGCUCCAAACUUACUUCUCUGUCUGCUCGUAUGAAUGUAACACAUCAUAAGAAAUUGUUUCACCACUGUUCAAACGCACUUUGGAUCACAGCAUUUAUAUGGAUAAAUGUUUUCCAAUUGAAUAGACUAAAUAUUAAAUGGAACAAAUGACAAUAAAAUGCAAAGUAAUCUCUUCAGUAAUCAAAAUAAAUUUAGAAUGUAACUGUAUUCUGAUUACCAACAAUUCAAACUGUAACUGUCGUGGAAUACAGUUAAUACUCCCCAACCCUGUUUAAAUGGCUCAGAAUGAAGUCUAAGUGGUGUGUUUAAAUAUUUGUGAGAUUCAAAAGCAAGUAGGACAGUCAUGACCAUUUCAUGUGUCUGCAUAUUGCUUUGGAAAAGAAUGAUUAUCUUAGUGUUACUGUCUCAAUGCAUUUUCUUGCAUUCAGCAGCAUAUUUUGCACGAAGUGAGUUUUGUUACAUGCUCGUCAUUGAAUUUCUUUUUGUAAAGCCCUCAUAAAUGUGAUGUUUAAUAUGAGCGAAGUACAAAAACAGCCCUUUCUCUGUAAUUGUUGUUGUUGUUCAGCUUAAUGUAUAGAUAAGCAAUGGUAUCUGAUUUUUUUAUAUUACUUGAAUGUAAAUAUACCCUGUCAUAAACACAAGGAAUGUAUUUAGAAGUGUUCUAGCACUUUUGUUUUGUUUGCGGAAAAAGGCUAAUAAAGACAUUUAAG